AUGGUCGCAGUCAACCAACUCGGCCUGGUAGCGGCCCUCCUCCUGGGUCUCGCCGUCGCCGCCCCCAUCGACCAGACUGCCGCGCUUGUCUCGCGAGCAGACACCAUCGAAUCCGUCGCCGAACCCAUGGCGCAACGAGACGACGAGGUCGAAGAAGAAGAACGCUCGGUCGAUGGAGGAGACCGCAUCUACGUCAUAACCGGCGACCACUGGGGCGACAAGAAGACACACAGCGGCAUGAGAGGAGGAACACCGUCGACAGCCCGCAUCCACAGCCUCCCUGGCCAUGACCACAAGAAGAACAACAAGGACAACUGGAGUUUCUUCUGGGGCAGCAAGAAGAAGAUGCACAGCUGGCAGGACGGCCGCGAGCCUUCCCGAGCCCGCAUCCACGCACUUCCAGGCCGUGACCGUGAGGCUGAGCACAAGUCAUCUUAA